GAUAACAUGAAGGUUUUACUCUAUUUUGCUAGUGUCUUAAUGCUUAGCGUAGUUUUGACAACUGCUCAGCAAGUUGUGCCUAUUGGAUUUUUGGCUACAAACAAGUCCUUGAUGGAAAAUGUAUCAUUGAGGCCAGGUGAAAAUAAUCCCUAUUGCGUGUCCUCAUUGUGCCCACGAGGCAAACGACAUGUGGCUUGCGAAAAGUCUUUUAAUAAUUAUCAUAGAAGUUGUAUGCAUGAGCCACAAUUUGUCAACCUCACCGGACAUGUGGAUAAGAUACUUAAAUAUCACAAUGAUUGGCGCCAUGGCUUGGCAAAUGGCAACAAUGUUUCAUUACCGCGAGCCGCUCGCAUGGUUGUGAUGCACUGGAGCGAUGAACUGGCCACUGUGGCCAGCUAUAAUGUGCGCAUGUGUCAGGCGAAGCACGACGAUUGCCGCAACACGCACAACUUCACCCACUCUGGCCAGAAUAUCAUUGUGUUCAACAUGACGCGACUGGUGCAGGAUGAGCUGCUCGAGAGCCUGUAUCCGGAGCUCCUUAGCAUUGGUGUGCGCAAUUGGUGGAGUGAGCAUAACAACAUGACCAAAACGGAUGUUGAGCUCUAUCCAUGCGACAAGAAGAGGCAACAAUACUACCGACACUUUGCGGUCAUGGCACUUGAGAGUAAUUCCCAUGUGGGUUGUGCGGCUGUCCGUUAUGUGAUCAAGGAUGUGACCUAUUUCAAAGUGACCUGCAACUAUGCCAAGGAUACGGUGUGCGGCCAGCCGAUCUAUAGCUUCCGCACAGUCGGCUGCCUAACCGGUGUAAAUGCCAAAUACAAAUCGCUCUGCUCUGAAAAGGAAGUGUUUGCCUAAACUAUAGAAUUAAUGCUCUGAAUAUUUUUAUGCCAAUUCAAUGAAGGAUGGACAUGGGCAUGGGCAUGGCCAUGGGCCUGGUCUUAUGACCCAUUCAAAGCGCUCACAAUAAAUAUUCCGCAUAAUAAAAGAGGCGUCCUGCGAUGCCGUUGUU